AUGGUUGUGGUAUCUGCGGGUGAUGGUAAGACAACUUCAGAAAAUGAGAUUGCUGGUGCUAAGAUUGGUGUUAUUCGCAUGUUCAUGCUUGCGCGAAGACUAUGCUGUUUCAAGCAAGUCGUGGCGGGACACGCACGACAGACAGCAGCUCCCGAGCGCAUUUGUGACGCAACGGGCGACCGGGUGGAGCUGCUGGCUCGGCUGGGCAUCUUGUCCACCAGUCAGCAACAGCUGAAUACAGCUUUAUCUGCACUUUAUGAUGGGGCCUGUCCGCAACGUGGCUGA